AUGCCAAACCAGCAGAAGAAAAUCAUUUUUUGCAUGGCCGGAGUGUUAAGCUUUGCGUGUGCCCUUGGAGUUGUGACAGCCCUGGGGACGCCGUUGUGGAUCAAAGCCACUAUCCUCUGCAAAACGGGGGCUCUGCUCGUCAACGCCUCGGGGCAGGAGCUGGACAAGUUCAUGGGCGAGAUGCAGUAUGGGCUUUUCCACGGAGAGGGUGUGAGGCAGUGCGGGUUAGGAGCCAGGCCCUUUCGGUUCUCAUUUUUUCCAGAUUUGCUCAAAGCCAUCCCAGUGAGCAUCCACGUCAAUGUCAUUCUUUUCUCCACAAUUCUCAUUGUUUCAACCAUGGUGGGGACAGCCUUCUUCAUGUACAAUGCUUUUGGCAAACCCUUUGAAACUCUGCAUGGUCCACUAGGGUUGUAUCUUUUGAGCUUCAUUUCAGUUGUUCUUUGGCUGCCAGCCACCAGGCACCAGCCCGAGGGCUCCUGCGGCUGUCUUGUCAUGGUAUUGUUUGCCUCUGAAGUGAAAAUUCACCACCUCACAGAAAAGAUUGCAAAUUAUAAAGAAGGGACUUACGCCUACAAAACGCAAAGUGAAAAAUACACCACCUCGUUCUGGGUCGUUUUCAUUUGCUUUUUUGUUCAUUUUCUGAAUGGGCUCCUAAUACGGCUUGCUGGAUUUCAGUUCCCUUUUGCAAAAUCUAAAGACACAGAGACAACGAAUGUAGCUGCAGAUAUAAUGUACUGA